AUGAGGAUUAUUCGUCUUGGAGUACUUGUGCCGUCAUCUAAUACGGCAUUGGAGCCGCUUACUCAUGCGAUUGUCUCAUCGAUCCAAUCAAAAGAUGUCACAAUCUCCGUAUACUUCUCUCGGUUCCGUGUGACUACGAUCGAUAUUUCCUCCGAGGCGAAUGCGCAGUUCGAGUUCUCGCCGAUUCUGCACGCUGCGACCUUGCUUGCCGAUGCCAAAGUGGAUGUAAUCGGGUGGAGUGGUACAAGUGCGGGUUGGCUCGGCUUCGAGCAUGACGAGAAACUGUGUGCCGCAAUCGAAGCAGAGACCGGCGUUAAAGCUACGACAUCCGUGUUGUCCCUCAACUCGAUUUUACGCGGCCUGGGUGUUAUCUCCUUUGGGCUCGUGACACCAUAUCGGAAAGAGCUGAACAGUUUGAUCCGACAGAACUAUGGGGCAAUCGGUGUCGAUAUCAAUGCGACCUGGGAUCGUCAUCUUGGGCUGACGGACAACAUCGAGAUCGGGAAAGUGGACGAAGCCACUUUAGAUGGGAUGGUGAUGGAUGUGGCCUCGAAGGGCGCGCACGUUUUGUCCACUUUCUGUACCAAUCUUCGGGCAGCGCAACGUGUCGGGCAUUGGGAGAAGUCAGCUUCUGUCAUUGUUCUCGACACUGUGGCUAGCGUCGUCUGGGGUAUGCUGAAGAUCGUAGAAGUAGACACUAAGCUGGUGAAGGGAUGGGGUUACAUGUUUGAGGUUGAAUGA